UGUCAACAUUGUCAACAAACAUUGCGACCAUCUCGAACUCCGUUUAUAAUAGUUUACGUAACAAAUCGUGUUGAAUUGGUUUUACAAUUUUAAUCUUCACUUACCUGUGGAAUACAGUACAAGUAAUCAGAAUUUGUUUCCACGCCUCUUUUGUGCUCGAUAUUUAUUUAGUUUCAUGAAUUUUUUCCCGAUAAUACGGCAAUGAGUGAUUGUAUAAUCAUCUAUAAAAGAUAACCUUAAGAUAGAUCGUGCGUACGUCGUAUAUUAAUCAUAGUAUUACUUAUUUAUCAAAGCACAUUAUUCCAGUUUGUGGUUCUAACAAGACGUCGGCACAGUGUUUACAAAACGAACGAAGGAAGGAAUCGAUCGAUCGAGUUCAUUUUCGCGACAGGCCAGCGCCUUAUUUCUGGCUUGAUGUUUCUGAAUGUGAAUCGGAAUUGCUAAAUUGAAAAGGAAAAAUCGAGUUUUAUAUUAUUAGUCGAAUUACUAACGUAUCGGUUGCGCGAGUUGAGUAGUUUGGAGUGUGUGACGUGUAGAGAGUAGUUUCAUUGAUCCGUCAUGUCGCAAGUGAAAAUGAUAAGAGCGGCAACUGCCAGUCAGUUGUGGAGCUGUGUGACGGCAAGGUGUGCCGGCGAGUCAACACGAGUAUCCCGGCGGAGCGGCAUCCGCGCACGCAGCAUGGCUACCAAGGCGCUUACUAUGGAAAAUGUGAAUCCCAACAUCGUCAGGUUGGAGUAUGCCGUGCGAGGGCCCCUCGUUACGCGAGCUACAGAGAUCGAGAAAGAACUUGAGAAGGGUGUGAAGAAACCGUUCAAGCAAGUGAUCAAGGCCAAUAUCGGAGAUGCGCACGCCAUGGGCCAGCAGCCCAUCACCUUCAUCAGGCAGGUGCUGGCGUGUAUCUCGAUGCCGGAGCUGAUCAAGACGUCCGACUUCCCCGCUGACGUGAAGCAGCGCGCGCAGCUGAUCCUCGAUUCCUGCGGCGGCAAGUCGGUGGGCUCGUACUCGGCGUCGCACGGCAUCGAGGUGAUCCGCCGCCACGUGGCGGAGUACAUCGAGCGGCGCGACGGCCACCCCGCCGACUGGCGCAACGUGUGCCUGUCCGCCGGCGCCUCCAACGGGAUCAAGAACUGCCUGCAGCUCUUCUGCAACGAUCUCAACGGGAAACCCUCUGGCGUCCUGAUCCCGAUCCCGCAGUACCCGCUAUACUCGGCCUCGCUGGCGGAGUACGGCCUCGAGCAGGCCGGGUACUACCUGGACGAGGACCACAACUGGGGCCUGGACGUGGCCGAGCUGGAGCGAGCCCUGAAGGAGGCCUCGGAGCGGUGCAACGUGCGAGCCAUCGUCGUCAUCAACCCUGGCAACCCCACUGGACAGGUGCUGACGCGGGCCAACAUCGAGGCCAUCAUCAAGUUCGCGCGGCAGCACGGGCUGUUCAUCUUCGCGGACGAAGUGUACCAGGACAACGUGUACGCGCCCGGCAGCGAGUUCCACUCCUUCAAGAAGGUGCUGGUAGAGAUGGGCAGCGGCUAUGCGGAGCAGCAGGAGCUGGCGUCGUUCAUGUCGGUGUCCAAGGGCUACAUGGGCGAGUGCGGGCUGCGCGGCGGCUGGAUGGAGCUGGUGAACCUGCAGCCGCAGGUGCAGGACAACCUCUACAAGGCCAUCAGCGCCAUGCUGUGCCCCACCACGCUGGGGCAGGCCGCCGUGGACUGUGUGGCCAAGCCCCCGUCGCCGGGCGAGCCGUCGUAUGAGCUGUGGGCCAGCGAGAAGGACGCCGUGCUGCGCUCGCUCAAGCUGCGGGCGCAGAUGAUCGCAGACACCUUCAACUCCAUGAGGGGCUUCCGGUGCAACGUGGUGCAGGGCGCGAUGUACGCGUUCCCCAGCUUCGAGCUGCCGCCGCGGGCGCUGGAGGCGGCCCGGCAGGCGGGGCAGGCGCCCGACGUCUACUACGCCUUCAAGCUGCUCGAGGAGACCGGCAUCUGCGUGGUGGCGGGCUCCGGCUUCGGCCAGCGGCCCGGCACCUUCCACUUCCGCACCACCAUCCUGCCGCAGCCGCCGCUGCUCAAGGAGAUGCUCUCCAUCUUCCAGAGGUUCCACGAGAAGUUCACACAAGAGUACGCCUAGGCACACCCGCCACACGCCCAACACUGCUUGUAACGUGACGUCGAGAUUAUUGGAACAGUUUACCAAGGAAGAUUUAAAUCCUGUCCAUCAUACCCUAGCAGCAAUAGAAUAUCAAGCGAGACGCGAUAUAUGCGAGCUUCGAUCAAUGGAGGUGUAAGCUGUCUACGUAGAUAAAUGGUGUACGUCCAAUGGUUGCAGCUCGCGUUAUUGUCGCGUCGCGCCUGGCAUACUACGGCAGCUAACAAACAAUAUUUCGCUACAGGUUAUAGGAUUGUUUUUGUCAGUUUAAAUUAGUGUAUUUAAUAAAACAUUAAGUUGUUGUAGCCAGUAGUUCCCUAUCUGCUCAAAUGAUUGGUUAGUCUUGCCACAUGUUGUCACUUUAGAAUUCGUAGAAUUUCCUUCCUUUCCUUGAUCGAUCAAUUCACAAUUACUGAUCAAAUAUUGCGGAAAGACAACAUUGUAAACUAUACCUUGUUGUAUUGUACUAAGUAAUCUAUAUGGAAUGAAGUGAUACCUUUAACUGCCGCACAUAUCUCAUGUUAUACUUUAAUUAUUAUAUUUCGUACAACAUGCAACAUUAUUUCAUGAACUACUUAUAUGAGUACAUCACAAGUGCAAUGCAAGUAGACGCUAUAAUAAGCUAAUUGUUACGUUGUAAAUGCCAUUAACGACCAAGUUUAUAUAUAUGGGUGGCUGCACAAUACAAGCCACGUGAAACUGUUUCUGAAUGUUUAUACAACCGUAUAAAUUAAUGUAUUUACGAAACAUAUUCUUCUGGAGUGUUCUCAUACAAAUAAGGCAAGGUUUUGUUGUAGUCAUACAUUUAGCUGAAUAUAAGCUAAAUAUUAGUGCAUUCGCACUGAACAGCAAUACGCGAUGAUAUUAUUAUUAUAUGUAUUAGCAUGCGAUGUAGUACGAGUAGUCGAUGAUAUUGUUAAGUAACUUUUUGUAUAUAAAAGACCAGUGAAAUAACAAAAAAAAAUAUAUGAUUAAGGUGGUUCGAUACGGUUAGCUAGGCGCUCAAGCGUCAAUAGAUGGCGUUGGUGCCUUAAUUUGACAUAAUUAUUUAUUUUUGGAUUUUAUACACAAUAUUGUUUCAAAGUUAUACGUUUGCCGGUAAUAGCGUAAUAUUUGUCAUGAUUUAACUAAAUUUCAAUUGAGUUGCAGUUCACGUAAUACUUUUAUUUGAAUAAAUAAAAGUUACCACCAAAAGCCGAACAUCUCACACACACAUUGAUAGUUAUGUUUGUUUACGAAACCAAUUACUAAUUUCGCCAGUUUAAACGUCAACGGAAUAGUCUAGUUGGAUGAAUAACAGGAUUCUAUAUGAGAUGGGUCUGGCUGGAUACUAGGGUUCCAACCUCGCUUUAUUAUUACUUUUUUUUUAUUGUAACAUUUUUUUCCCAUUUAUCCUGCUUAGUUUUUGCUACAAAUUGCUGUUAAAAUAUUUGAUUUUAUUUCAUAUUAUUAUUUAUUAUAUUAUAUAAAGCUACAAACCCAUGUACUGACUGACUGACUGACUGACUGACUGACUGACUGACUGACUGACUGACUCACUGACAGGGUUGUUCUCCCAGAAGGAGCGCCGGGGGGUAAAAAUGAUGUAUGGGAGAUGUGAUCAAGAUGUUCCGAUGAGUAUGGGAAAACUUCCAGAUCUUGGAAAACUGCUCCGCAUCAGGGAGACACCCUACCGUCUGGCAAAACUAUCGCACCUGGAACGAUUCUUUUUCACGAAACCUAUUAAAAUCUUGGUCAAAUUCUAUCGUGGGUGAAAAAAAAUCAAAAUGGCGGAUAAACAAGAUGGCCGCCAUACAAAUUUUUGUUUUUCAAGAAAAUGUCUUGGGGGUAAAAACUGUGUACGGAGGUGUAAUCGGAACGUCUUGUUGAGUAUGGAAAUACUGCUAGAUCUUCGAAAACUGCUCCGCAUCAGGGAGACACCCUACGGCCUGGCAAAACUAUAGCACCUAGAACUUUUUGGUUUUCACAAGACAUAUUUAAACCUUGGUCAAAUUCAAUUGGCAGUGAAAAAAAAUCAAAAUGGCGGAAAAACAAGAUGGCCGCCAUACAAAAUUUUCGUUUUUCUCGAAAAUGCCUCGGGGUGAAUGUGAUGUAAGAGGGAUGAGAUCAAAAUGUCAUAUUGAGUAUGGAAAUACUUCCCGACCUUCAAAAACUGCUCCUCAUCAGGGCGGCACCCUACGGCCUGGGAAAACUAUCGCACCUGGAACGAUUCUUUUUUCACCAAACCUAAUAAAAUCUUGGUCAAAUUUUAUCGCCGGUAAAAAAAAAUCAAAAUGGCCGAAAAACAAGAUGGCCGCCAUACAAAUUUUUGUUUUUACAGAAAAUGUCUCGGGUGUAAAAACGAUGUAUAGGGGUGUUAUGGGAACGUCAUCUUGGAAAACUGCUCCGCAUCAGGGAGACACCCUACGGCCUGGCAAAACCAUAGCACCUAGAACUUUUUUGAUUUCACGAAAACAAGAUGGCCGCCACACAAAGCUUCUAACUAAUACCGGACACGCGAGCAGCUUGCUGCGAGCGAACCACGCGACAUCUAGUUAUUAUAUUAUAUAUAGCUACAAACCCAUGUACUGACUGACUCACUCACUCACUGACAGAGUUGUUCUCCCAGAAGGAGCGUCGGGGGGUAAAAAUAAUGUAUGGGGGGUGUGAUCGGGAUCUCCCGGUGAGUAUGGGAAAACUUCCAGAUCUUGGAAAACUGCUCCGCAUCAGGGAGACACCCUACAGUCUGGCGCAACUAUUAUACCUGGAUCAAUUUUUUUUCGCAAAACCUAUUUAAAUCUUGGUCAAAUUCAAUCGCCGGUGAAAAAAAAAUCAAAAUGGCGGAAAAACAAAAUGGCCGCCAUACAAAAUUUUGUUUUUCUAGAAAAUGUCUCGGAGGCAAAAACAAUGUAUUGGGGUGUAAUCGGAAUGUCAUGUUGAGUAUGUAAAUACUUCCUGAUCUUCAGAAACUGCUCCGCAUCAGGGAGACACCCUACGGCCUGGUGAAACUAUCGCACCUGGAACUUUUUAGUUUUCACAAUACCUAUUUAAAUCUUGGUCAAAUUCAAUCGCCGGUGAAAAAAAAAAUCAAAAUGGCGGAAAAACAAGAUGGCCGCCAUACAAAAUUUUAUUUUUCCAGAAAAUGUCUCGUGAGUAAAAACUGUGUAUGGGGGUGUAAUCGGAACGUAUUGUUGAGUAUGGAAAUACUUCUCGAUCUUGAAAACCUGCUCCGCAUCAGGGAGACACCCUACGGCCUGACAAAACUAUCGCACCUGGAACGAUUGUUUUUUCACAAAACCUAUUUAAAUCUUGGUCAAAUCUAUUCUCUGGUGGUAAAAUAUCAAAAUGGCGGAAAAACAAGAUGGCCGCCAUACAAAAUUUUGUUUUUCCAGAAAAUGUCUGAGAGGUAAGAUUGAUGUAUAGGGGUGUGAUCGGAACGUCAUCUAGAGUACGAGUAUACUUCAAGGUUUUCAAAAACUGCUCCGCAUCAGGGAGAGACCCUACGGCCUGGCGCAACUAUCGCACCUGGAACGAUUCUUUCUUCACAAGACCUAUUUAAAUCUUGGUCAAAUUCUAUCGCGGUAAAAAAAUGGCGGGAAAACAAGACACGCGAGCAGCUUGCUGCGAGCGAACCACGCGAAAUCUAGUUUUUCCUGAUAAGUAAGUACAUAUAAAAAGAAAACCAGUUAAGUUUGCAGUAAGUUAUAUUGUUAUUUUAUGUUAUUUAUUUACAAACGGCAAUAUCAAACAGGCUAACGAAAAUUAUUGAUAUUUGAAGUAAGAUUCAGAUUUCGUUUAUUCAGAUUAGGAUAUAAUAUUUAUCUCUUUCUGAUUGUCACUACUUUAUACAAUGCAAAGCAAACAGCGCGCUUGUUCACAAAGUAGUAAUAAAAUAAUUGCUACCACAUAAUUGAAAUAUCAAUACAUUUUUGUUUUUUUGUUACUCUUCGAAGUACUACCUCUGGCAAAAUACAAUUUUUAUAAAAUGUUACUAAUUUUGGCAUCAUAUUUUUAAUGAAAUUUUCGUCACGCUGUACUUCCAACACUGUGAUGUCAAAACUUGGAGAAACAUAGCCAAUGAAGUAACAUUUCAUCAUUUUUGAAACCCGCAGUUGACCCUGGAUCUGCAAUCAGAACACCCGUUUUUGUAAAAAAUAUUAUAUUAUUACAAGCAGUAUUAUAUCUGCUAUAAUAAUUACAAUAUACCUGAUAGUAAUA